CACAAGGUUUCUGAGAACCGGUCUCAGCAGUAUGUAAAUCUGCCCUUGUUUCAGAGAAAAACAGAAGCUGUCUCUCUGUGUCUCUCUGUGUCUCGCUGUCAUCCACAGUCCCUUUUCUCACCUCUUCUCACAGACGCAGGGCUGCGGGUUUUGGCAGAGAGCUACACACAGAGAGGCCUCAAUAUUCAGCUAUACAAUCUCCAGGCUCAAAGCGUCAGUCCACCAGCUGAACUCUCAGUCAGACUGGUGGAUGGGACCACUUCCUGUUCUGGGACAGUGGAAGUCUUCUACAGAGGAGAGUGGUCAGGUCUAUGUCCUGGGUGGUGGUGGGACAUGAUGAGAGAGGUUAAGGUUGUGUGUAGAGAGCUGCACUGUGGCAAUCCUGUAGCUGAAUCUAGAGGACCUCUGAUUGAAUAUGGAAGAAGAGGAGUCAUACUAUUUAGUUGUAGUGGGGAUGAGUCUUCUAUUAGACAGUGUAACAUCAUAGGAGGAGACCCUGGUUUCUGUUAUGGUGAAUAUUAUCAUCAUGUGACCUGUUCAGAGUCUGUGCGGCUUGUGGAUGGAGCUGGUCUCUGCUCUGGGAGAGUGGAGGUGAAGUCCAAUCAGUCCUGGGCCUCAGUGUGUGAAGCUGACUUUGACCGGCAGGAUGCAGAGGUAGUCUGUGGGGAGCUUGGCUGUGGGGCUCCUGCAGCUCUACAGGGGGGGCUCUAUGGAGAAGGUGAGGGUCAGACCUGGGAUGAAGAGUUCCAGUGUAAAGGCAAAGAGUCCCUUCUCCUGGACUGUGACACCUCAGACAGAGAAAACAACACCUGUCUACCUGGUAAUGUUGUUGGACUCACCUGCUCAGAGCCUGAUGAUGUGAGGCUGGUGGGAGGAGGCAGUCGCUGUGCUGGUGGAGUGGAGCGGUACCACCAGGGAGAGUGGAGGACUGUGGGAGCUGGAGACUGGAACCUGAGGGAUGUAGCUGUAGUAGUGUGUAGACAGCUGGGUUGUGGCUCCAUUGUUUCAGUUCUACCUGGAGACACCACUAGAGGGAAUAACAUUAUCUGUUCUGGGUCUGAGUCUGUACUGAGGGAGUGUUGGAGAAUUUAUUAUCUCUCUCCUGGACUCACAGUGAUCUGCUCAGGUAAUAACAAGAUAUUAUAAUUAUAGUCAACUGAUUUCCUUCGUUCAUACAACUUCCUCUGCACCUCUCAUGAUGACUGUUUAGCUUGUCAG